AUGUGUAGGUGUUUGAGCACGCAUAAAUGGCAUGUCAUCCUCAGGCGGGACGAAUCAUUGGCCCCCGACAUGUCGAUUCUCGGGGUUGUCCGGAUGAAAUCGGAGUCGCUGGACAUGCUGCCGAAGCACAUCCGCCUAUCGCCACUGUCGUCUUUCGAUGAAGUCGGCGUUUACCAUAUGACAUCCCCACGCACCCCAACAUUGCGGUCCUUUUUCAAUAACAGCAAAUUGACGCUGCGUGAAGUUAGGAUGUCCAACAAUCUGGCAACGCGAGUCCUCAGGCGACUGCUCCGUCUCCAUUGA